AUGGGUAUGGAAGAGCUCAGAAGAGCGCUGGCGCUGCUGAAUGGCCAGGGAUAUGAGUUCAUGGUGUUUGUAAAAGAGAGAGAUCAUUUGAAAGGCGAGUCGAUUCCAAAAAAAUUCUUUUCAGAGAGUUUUAUAUCAUCUUCAAUAGAAAGGGACCCCCCGCUAACAUUCGACCCAUUGGUAAAUAGGAAAAAAAUAACUGUUUAUGAAAAAAAUAUUCAACCAAAGAUGAUGCUGCCCUUAGAUCAGCCUAUAUUAGUGCGGAAUUACCUGUAUGCGGCUUUUAAGUUAUUAAGACAGGUACCAUGCAAGGCAAUCGCUAAGUUAUGGAUAAAAAUAAUUGAGCCAAGGAAAAAGACCAGGUUCCCAUACAUUAAAGGUGAUGCUAGAAAACCAACAUGGUGGCCAAAAGAUGUAGAACAUAAAGAGCCAGACCACCUCCAUAAAGCAGAUCGACUGAAUUUGAUGUGCACCAUAAUAAUGAACGUUCUACCACAAUCGCCCUUCGGCCAUGAGAUUUUGGAUGAGCUUAUAAGAGUGACUGUAGCAAUGACCAUCUUUAAGAGAGAAAACGUGAAGAGAGUAAUUAUAAAAAAUGUUCUUGAAAUUGCCAAAUGCUUGUGUAACAAAGAUUUCAAACGAAAUACCGUAUCACUUGAUGAUCUAAAUGACCUGGCCCACAAACAGAAAAAAUCAAAUCACAGUCAUCGAUUGGAUGUCAAUAAAAUGGCCAACGUGGGAAAAGAUUUGCUACAACAGUCAAGUGGAAGUGAUUUUUCACCUUCGAGGACCAUUCCCACAAAAGAAAGUUACACAGAAUACCUAUCCAGGGGAUAUUAUCCUGUAUCGGAAGAUCAUUCAAAUAGCAUAUUCCGAACAGAAGGGGUAGUUGAUUUCGAUCCGCUAUUCCUUACUAAAUUGGAUGAAUUAAGUAGUAGCGAUGAUCCUAGAGAUUUUAUUUGA